CGGGGCCUGUGGAGCAUCUGUGUGGGGCCGGGCGGUGGGGCCUGUGCCCCGGGGCGGGGUGGGGCCUUGCGGGGACGGGGCUGCUCUGCCCCCGGGGCGGCGUGCCCGAGCUCUCAGGCACGCACAACAAUGAGUGGAAAUGAGGAUGACUGGCUGGCUCUCAAACCCCAGGAACCUUCUCCAUCCCAGUGCUGCGGCAGCGGCUGCAAACCCUGCAUCUAUGAUGUCUACGAGAAGGAGCUUGCACAAUGGGAACGGGCCAAAGCAAAGCAAGACAAAAGCCUCCUCAUGGAAAAGAAGGAGCAGAGCAAUAAUUCAGAGCUGAAUCCAGAUACAUUUACUGCAUUCAACAUUAGCUCGGUGGAGCAGCUAACAGAGGACACCUACCAGUACAAAUUUGAAUUACCGGGAAAUAGCAGUCUGCAAUUGAGUUUAGGACAACAUAUCGUGUUAAGAGGAGUGGUGAAUGGUUUGGAGGUCCAGCGAGCCUAUACUCCGAUUAGCCCAGGGAAUGCAGAAGGGUACUUUGAAGUUUUAAUGAAAUGCUAUGAAGCUGGGCUAAUGUCACAAUACAUAAAAACGUGGAAAAAAGGAGACAUGGUCUUUUGGCGUGGGCCGUUUGGAGGGUUCCCAUAUCGACCUAAUAAGUACGGAGAGCUCCUCAUGCUGGCCUCUGGUACCGGCCUCGCACCGAUGCUUCCCAUCCUCCACUCCAUAACAGAUGACGAAGAGGAUGAAACCUUCGUAACCCUCGUUGGCUGCUUCCGUACCUUUGACAAAAUUUAUUUGAAACCUCUUCUCCGGGAUCUGGCCCGAUACUGGAACGUCAGAAUAUUUUACGUCCUAAGCCAGGAAACUUCGCUGGAAGAGCUUCCUCAGAGCUAUCAGGAAAACACCUACCUGGGCCGUCUCGAUGAAGACUUAGUGAAGACAAUAAUAAAUUCCUGUCGAAGAAAGCCGUUUGUAUUAAUCUGUGGAUCUUCUGCAUUCAAUGAAGAUAUGAGUAGAUAUUCAAAAACUGCGGGAAUCGAAGAAAACUCCUGUUUUGUCUUUUAGCAGGAUGUUCCUGACCUGAGGAACCUUAGACCAAGCCUUGGACAUUGUUGUUUCUCUGCAGACAUUACUCAAGAUCGGUCAUUUUGGUAGACUGAGUUCCUUGUGCAUAUAUUUUCAUAGGCAUUUGGAUCAGAUGUUUGUCACCAGUAUGAUUCUCACUCUUGAGAGUGUUUUAAGGAACAGGUGCCAUUCCAGAGUGGCUGCUAUGUGACGUGCCACCCACACCUCAGGGAACAGCCUGGUAAUUUUAAUGGAAGUUUUCAUGUGGUGCGAUUUUAAGAGAGAGAGAGAGAUCUUAAAAGCAUUAUUAAAAAGCCUCCAAGUACACAGCUGUGUUGUAACAUGAAAACCAGUGAUUUGCUUUGCAAUCCCUGUUACUCUGGAGUGAUACUGUGGCCUGUUAGGUGUCCAGAGGAGAGACUUCAUCCCGAGGGAGAAGGCUGCCUGGCUUGAGGGAACAGCAGAGCCCCGGGCUGGCGCGCUCUGGAGUCCGUGGGGUUCAUUUUGGUUGUGUCAUUGUCUUGCUGGGGGGUGCCAGGCAAGUCACUUUGGCCUCUUUGUGCCUCAGUUGCCCCAUUAAUACACUAAUACAGAGGAGGCAGCACCGAUUUCCUCUGAAAAGUGCUUUUCCAUCCAUAUGUAGGGAAAAAGCUAUACGUAAGGAUGCCCAGCAAGGACUUAGGUGGGCUGUCCUCCUGCCUGCGUUGCCUCCCCUGCCCCUUAACCCUUGAAAUGCUGCCUGAGGACAGAAAAAGCAUGUCCUAAAAAAAACACUGUGAGAAAGCAUCCGGGUUGUAACUGCUCUCUGUCGGGGAGGGUGGUUGGUUGCUUUCUGUAACCUCUAAGUGUUGGAUAAUAGCCCUGGUUCUUUAAAUUGAACCUCUUUUCAAAUAAACAAGUGUUUUAUUUUUGUCA